AUGAACAAAAGGGCUUCCAGCUUUGCAUACUUCUUCAAGAGGCUGAACACGAAAGGCGGUGACGGCGGCCGAGCGCGGCGGUGGAAGCUGAGGACCUCCGCCGGAUUCCGGUGGAAAGGGAGGAUUAAUCUGCGUUAUUGGGUCGUCGACGUAUUUGUUUUCAAGAUUAUUUCGGUGCUGGAGGCGGUGGUUCUCCUCGCGAAGCUCUGUUUCUUCUUCCUCUGCUUCGCGUUUCUUUGGAAGGAUGGUGUAAAUUGUGUUGAUUUCGAAUGGGUUAGUGAAUGA